ACAUGUUGGGUCCCCGGGACCAACUCAAUCAAGGAUUUUCACAAUAUGACCCAGAGACCUGUCCAGUCGCUCAAGAACUUCUACAGUGCCCCACCUCUCUCUGCCAUUGUCCAUGAAUCGAAUGUUACAAAGUUUGAAGAUGGAUUCUUUUUACCCAGCAGUUGCUACAGCAGGACCUGGCUCCUGGACACCUUUCCAGAAACCUACAGGAAGACCACCAGCUGCAUAACACCUGGAGGUGAACGGGAAUUACACAGAGAGGAGAGCUGUGUGCAAAAUGUCUGUCUCUCCAGAGUCGUCCAAACAACUUGUCCUAAUUCCAGGCCCUGUGAAAGGACAGCAUGCCAGUCAAGAAGUCCCUCGGCAGUGUUGGAGUGUGUUUCUCAGCCUUGCCAGUCAGGAAGUAGCCAGCAAACGGGGCUUGUAGUCCAGAGCUGCCAACCUGUGAGCAACACUGCAAAGCCUUGUCCACCCAAGACGUACGUGUCUAAGAGUUGCCAGACUCUGGAAUGGGACUGUAGCCAGUGCCAAGCUCAGAGCCCUGCAUCCAGCUCCUGUAGCUCUUUGGCCUAUGUCACACCCGAGUCACAGCUCCUGGAAACUUCUUCUAACACUUAUGAGCCAACUUGCUGUGUUACUGGUGGGUCGUCAUUGCCUAGUGAGUAAAGAAUCUGCAGAAUGUGUAGGGAGACUCAGAUUUUAAGUUCCACAAAUUGGAUCCUGAAAAAUAGGAUCUUUUAUUUCUCUAAACGCUAACUAUUUUUGCCUAUGUUUAUGAGUGAAUGAACUAUCCUGUAUUUUCUCCAAUGAGAAAAUUUUUUACUUUUUUUUUUUCCUUUUUGAGCAUUUCUGGUGGGAAGCUAGGCUUCUCCGGUGGCUCAGGGGUAAAGAGCCUGCCUGCAAUGCAGGAGACGUGGCAGCAGCCUCAGGUUCGAUUCCUGGGUGAGGAAGACCCCCUGGAGAAGAAAAUGGCAACUCACACCAGUAUUUUUGCCUGGAAAAGCCCAUGGACAGAGGAGCCUGGCGGGCUACAGUCCAUGGAGUCGCAAAAGAGUUGGACAAGACUGAGCGACUAAACAAACUGGUGGUAAGCUGAUAGGAAAGCACGUUAACUAUUUUAGGUCACUAGGACACUAUUUAUCAUAGAGCAAUAAGAAUUGCCACCAGGCAGGAACAUGAAUACUUAAAAAGCCCACAUUACACUUUGACUACUGAUUAUUCUCAGUGGAAACACUAAGCAUUGAGUCUGGCUUAUUAUAACACGCUGUAAUAGAGAAAGGUUAACAGGCUACUAAUAUCAGAAGUACAUACAGUACUAGAGCUUAAAGACACCUGGAAACCCAUUUAGUCCUGUGAACUCUGCUGCCUUCAGCUGUAUCAGAGGUUGCUCACAUAGUUAAUAGCAUCAAACCACAACUCAAAUCUAUGUCUCCUCACUGUCCAUCAUUAUUUUAUUUACUGUAAUACAGCACUCUUUUAGUUAGCUAUUACAUUGAACCUAUUGUUUGACAAGUACAGGACAGCUUUGAAUUUCACUUCCAUAAACUUCAUAACCAUGGAGUAGUCAGAGAUAUCUGAAUAUGAUAAGUUCAGGUUUAGCAUAUUCACUACAUUUCUGCUAUUUUGGUUCCUCUUUUCACUAUUUAAGUGUUUUGGGGUGUGUGAUUUGGGAAAAUACUCUUUGUAUGAAAUAAAUUUACUUUAUUUAC